ACAGAAACAAAAAGCCAUUUUCAACUUCCAUCUUCUUCAAGCACUUGAUCAUCACAAAUAAUUGAGGUAAAAUGGGGUUCAAAAAUGAUAAUCCAACGGUUGAAGAUCUCAUUCUUCAACUCCAAUCAUCAUUCUUUUCAGCAGAGUUUCAACAAGUUGCCAAAACACUUACAGAACGCGAAGAACACAUUAAAGAUGAGUAUUUGAAGCUGAACAAGAAGGUUGAAGAGGAAAAAGAUGCAAUCUUUAAGGAGAAUCUGAAGCUUCAUGAUCAGUUGAAGAAGAAAGAAGAAGAGAUUGGUGCAAUGAAGAAGCUGAUUGAUGAGUAUGAGAGAAAAGUUAGGGUUUAUGAGAACAGAUUUGAUGAUAAGGGUUUGGGUUUAGAGAAAAAAGCUAAAGAAUCAAUGGGUUCUUCUUUGAAUCUUGCUGAAAGCUGUAGACCACCAGGGUUCACUACAAAGGAAGGCUCCAAGAGAAAAUUAGAAGUCAAAUCGCAUGAGAUCAUUAAUAUCGAUGACGAUGAUGAUCAAGGAAAACGGGUUACAGAUGAAGUCAAGAGAGAAUAUAAAUAUAACACUUAUGACGACGAUCUACAGGUCAUCUCUUCAGCUAAAAGAAGGCGGGCUGCAAGCGAAAUUAAAACAACACCGGGUUCUAAGGAAACUAAAAAAAUCACUAAAAAAAUCGAGUUAGAUAGCCCUGAAGAACCUGAUUCGGGCUCCGACACAGAGAAAAUUAAUAAAGCAUACAUGUCCUCCAUUUCUAAAGUGAAGAAACAUAACGAAGAAUGGGAAUUGGAGUCCGAUAUGGUGAAAGAUUUGGAAAAAGAUGAUGAACUUUGCUUAAAUGGUGUCUGCGCUCUACACCGACAAAGAAUCAUAGUUCAUGGAGCUGAUACAGAUCGAUUAUCCACUCUGGGGCGUAAGCUUAUCGACGGGGAUUCACAAAACAAGCUAAAGAAAAAAGCUUCGGAGUUGAAUCAAUAUGAUCUUAAGGAUUGUCGAAUGUUUGCGAAGAAGUACUCGCUGCAGCUUUUUAACAUAUAUCAAGAUAAAAGCGACCCUUUCUUCCCUACUUCAAGGAGUCAAGAAAAACGGUCAGAUGUUUAGAGAUGUUUAUCGUGAAUAAAAUGCUUGUAAAUGUGGUUUGUUACUAUGUCUUUUGUCGUUUUUGUGCGUCGUCAUGAAUAUAGAUUUAACAAAUAGGUGCAGUUGGGAUUGUGAAAACAGAUUGUGGUUUAAAAGGUUUGUUAAUCCAAAGAUUUAAUAUUUUCCAUGCUUUC